CCUGCAUGUGUUCUGCUCCACUCUGCUCUCUCCAUUGCUGAGGUUCAGACUCCUGUCACCGAUCAAAUCAGCUCCUGUUCUUUCGUUCUCUGCCAUGCUCUCUCAAUCUGCUGCUUUCUUUAUCGUCACUCCUUCUCUCUAUUCUUAUCUCCAUUUCACCUUUCUGUUUUACACACUUUUUAAUUCAUCUCUCGUUUUAUAAUCUUUGGCAUUCUCCGUUCCCUACCUGUCUCAUUCUUUCAUCUCUCUAUUUUCAUCUUUCCCCCAUCCCCACUAUCUAUCUAUCCAUCUAUCUAUCUUUUCCUUUCUUUCACUUUCUUUUUGGAGGCUGUCAGUUGAUAGCAGUGCAGAGUGCCAGGUGCUAAGGAAGGCUAACAUCAGCAGAUGUCUGGAGAAAAUGACUGCUUGAUCAGUUUGGGGGCUGGCUGACGCAAAAGAGAGGAUCUGGGAUUUAUUCUGUUUUCCACCACCUGCCCGACGCUAGACUCUGACUACAUCCACUGAGCUGUUCUUUCACAGCAAAGAAAGACAACAAGACAGCAGAAUGGGGACAAUAAAGMUUCACUUAAACACUACAAGAACCAACUAAGAGAACUAACAACUACGUGAUGAAUUCCACAGACCACCAAGGGUUGAUCUCUGUGGGCUAUACCAGGAACCUCAGCACUGCUGGGACUCUGGGAACCCUCAACAAAGACUCAGAGGGCGUUGGUAUCAAGGACUCCUCAACGGGAUGUUACGAGCAGCUCCUCAUCUCUACCGAGGUCUUUCUCACACUGGGGAUAGUCAGUUUAUUGGAGAACAUCCUGGUGAUUGCCGCCAUCAUCAAGAAUAAGAAUCUCCACUCUCCCAUGUACUUAUUCAUCUGUUCUUUGGCUGUGGCAGACAUGCUGGUCAGCGUCUCCAACGCCUCCGAGACCAUCGUCAUCGCCCUGAUCAACGGCGGCAACUUGACCAUCUCCGGGUCGCUCAUAAAGAGCAUGGACAACGUGUUCGACUCCAUGAUCUGUAGCUCACUGCUGGCGUCAAUCUGUAGUCUCUUGGCCAUCGCCAUAGACCGCUACAUCACCAUAUUCUACGCGCUGCGCUACCAUAACAUUGUGACGGUAAAACGAGCGAUGGCGGUAAUCGCGUGCAUCUGGUCGUGUUGUGUGGCAUCGGGCGUGCUCUUCAUUAUCUACUCUGAGAGCACCACGGUCCUCAUCUGCCUCAUCACCAUGUUCUUCACCAUGCUGGCGCUCAUGGCCUCGCUCUACGUCCACAUGUUCAUGCUGGCCCGCCUGCACAUAAAGAGGAUCGCCGUGCUGCCCGGGAACGUUCCCAUCCGCCAGCGUGCCAACAUGAAGGGCGCCAUCACCCUCACCAUCCUCCUGGGCGUGUUCGUAGUGUGCUGGGCUCCCUUUUUCCUCCACCUCAUCCUCAUGAUAUCAUGCCCCAGGAACCCCUACUGCGCCUGCUUCAUGUCYCACUUCAACAUGUACCUCAUCCUCAUCAUGUGUAACUCUGUCAUCGACCCACUGAUCUACGCCUUCAGGAGCCAAGAGAUGAGGAAGACCUUUAAGGAGAUCUUCUGCUGGUACAGCCUGCCAAACCUGUGUGUGUGCGAGCUGCCCGGGAAAUAUUGAACUACCGAACAAGCCGGGCAUCUGUCAGAGACCCAGUAAGUGUGACAACUGCUGAGGUAGCAUCUGCGUCUGUGUCUCGUCACAUGAAAGAGCUGAGAGGUUGUAUAGGCUACAUUAUGGUGUAACGGUGUAAAUAAGAUCAGAUGUUUUUUAUUGCCACCAGAUAGGUGCAGUUUAAAUGUGUUGCUUUACAGGGUCAGSCAUAGUACAGAGCCCUUGGAGAGAAUUAGGUUUAAGUGCCUUGCUCAAGUGCACAUGAACAGAUUUUUCACCUUGUCGGCUCAGGUAUUUGAUCCUUCGGUUACUGGCCCAACACUCGUAGGUAGGUAGCCUAACAACGGUUACAUGUACAGUAUGGUGUAACGACUACAGUAUGGUGGAAGUUGAGGGUGACGACUGCUGAGGAAGCAUCUGCCUCUCCUCACAUGAAAGAAACCGCCUAAUUGUGAUUGGUGAGAACUGAUUUAUCCUCGUCCUGCCCAGUGCUCCAGAACACUGCUGUAAAUUAUUAAAAAGUAGUUCCUCUAAAUUGGUUCUGGUUACUAUGGCUCGGGUUGCCGAGGAGGUAGGUUGGUUUACAUACACCCUGUACAAAAACACAACAGAAAUAACAUUGUUUCUUUUCAGCACAAUAAGGCAUACUUUUGUUUGUCCUUAAAAAAAGUAACUGAACCACAAUGUGAGAAGAUACAGUAUGAUGACGAUAUGAGAAAAGAAGAUGAAUAUUUAUAUUAGAAUAUUUAACAUUUUUAAAGAUAUUUGAAGAACUGAGUGGCAGCUGCCUAUGCACUAUAGUAUUUUUGAAGGAUAACAUAUAGCACGUAAAUUGCACACUAUAUCAUACUCUGAGAGUUUGGUAAGAUGGAAAGCUUCAAACAGAUCAUUCACCUCCCGUUUCAAAAACAUGCUGUUGCAAUUGGACAUUGCGAGCAAACUGUACAGGCUUCUAUUGUACAUAAACAUCCAAACACAGUGAUUUGUAGAAUAAAUUCACAGCAGCAUAGCUGAACCCUUUAAAGUCUCCUCUAACCCAAAGCUGCACCAAUUUUCCAUAAAAAUCCACAAGAGCAAAGAGGAAUAGCUGAUAGGCAACAGAGUGCCACAAAAAGCCUGCAAAGUCGAUGUCCCCGUUUAUAAACACAGGGUCUCUACAGUUAUUGUUAUUUGUGGUCGUAACCAUUGUUUUUGAYUUAACUCAAUGAGGGGGGAGGGUAUGCAUUUUUUUUUACAGUACAAGGGGAGAGUUAUGUAAAACUGUUUUCUACGUUCUGUCUCUAAAACAAGCACUUAUUGAAAUGACUUGUGUUGAGAAUGAAGCCUGUCAGGGGAGUGGAAUGUAAUUUGCUUAAAAUCUACCUAUGCUGCUUAUUUAAAAAUAAUUAUGUUUGUGUGGACAUGUGCAUUUAAACAGGCACACUUACAUGACGAAGACGUACUCUCAUCUAUAUUUUUAAUUCAUCCUCAAUAUGCAUUUAUCAAGUGCUUGGAUAAUAAUUUGCAGGGUAAAGUGUACAUUUAACUUCUUAUCUAUGAAUGUCUAUUUUGCUCUUUAUUCUAAAGUUGAAACUAUGUGAGUAUGUGUUUUUAUCUUAAUAUGAUGUUGUUUGUUGUUGUGGCCUUAAAUAGUUUGCACUGUGAUGUAAAAGAAAGAAYAGCAACUUGUUUUUUGUAGCACCUGUGUUAUGUAGGUAAGUGAUAACGCCGUCGUUCUGUACUGUGUACUUCACCUUGGAGAUAAUGGACGACCGCCUCCUCCCUUCGCGAAGUACAUUUUUCCAAGGUAAUUUACAGAACUGAGACUUGUAUCCUGCUUAUAGCACAUGUGSCAACAAACAAUACUAAAGCACACAUUUACUGGUKAAUAACGUUUUCAAUUAUAUUUGGGUACUAAGCUAACCUACAUAAUUAUUUUAAGAUGGUCAUACCAUGGAUCAUGUAGAUAUUUGAAUUUUAGAAACCCUUUAGGCAUCAAAWAAUGUAUGAAAAAAGUGCUUUGAUAAAAUAUUGAAUUUGGCCUUUACUCCUAUAGCCCAUAGAAGCYCAUAGCUGCAUUUGUGUUAUUUAAGUUGUUUUCUAGUGACAUUAAUUUGGAUACUUCCAGAACAAUGAGCUGAUAUGAUGCGUGAUUUUUCCUGGCAUAGAACAGUUUGCCUUCUUGUAAGGACACUGUUCAUUAUGAGGAGAUCGAAUUGCAUAUCAAACACUAGGAUAGAAGCUAGCUAAAUAGCUUGUUGCUUGCAAGCCUGCCAAUACGACAACUGAAUUCAACAAUAUCAGUUGCUGAAAACAGCUGGUCAAACUACAAACAUGUGUGAGGAUUUGACAGCAUACACAGCAAAUUCUCCAGCGUUAAGUCAACACUGAGAGUGUUAAAUCAACACUGAAAGAGUUGGACCAUUAUAUACACAAGUGUUAAACAASUGUUAAAUUAACGUAAAACAAGUGUUAAAUUAACAUACUGCUUCGUGUAAAACCUUAUUCAAAUAUUUCCCAGAGUGCCUUUGAUUUCAAGUGACUGGUUAAGUUACCACCCAUGACUGUAUUUGUUAGUGCCAGAGACAUGUUUGUUGCAGUCAACUAUGUAAUAAGUAAUGAAUUUCCCUAAAUGAUCUACUAAGUYACUAUGUUGUCAGAAAUGUCAUAAUCAUGUUCAUCAUUAAAUUUGAUAUUUGGAUGAAACCAGAUUGAAGUCU